AUGUGCCUGCGUGCUGCAGGAGGGCGCCGCUGCCCACGGAGAGCGAGCUCGUGGAGACGGCGGCGUCGGACAUCGACGAGUUCGGGGCGCGCGCCGCGCGCGCCAUCGAAGGGUGGCGCGCCGGCUCGCUCACGACCGCCAUAUGUCGCAGGACCUGCCGGGCCCGGACCACGAGGAGCGGCGGCGCAGGGCGUGUACGCCCGCUUCCUCGCCGAGGCGGCCAAGAAGAACACCGUGUGUCUGUUGCGGGAGGCCAUCGCGGAGGGCGGGGCACUCGGCCUCGGGGAGGACGAGCUCGGCGGCGCGGCCAGCGCCCUCCGGGCCCGCGAGGAGCAUCUCGUGUCCCUCGGGGAGAUGUACACCUCGAAGGACUCCAUCCGGAAGGCUCUCGAGGGCGGUGACCCCGUGCUCCUCAAGGGCAGCUGGCUCGCAGCGCUCGGCAGGUCGGGGGGGAAGCUGCCGCGGCGGCAGGACCUGCCCCCGGAGGCAGUCUGGGACCCGGAGGCCCUGAUGCCACGGGUGCACGAUUCGGCGUGGUGGAAUGAUUCUUGUUUUGCAAUCCGCGAUGGCGUUGGGCUCGUGGGCAUCUUGUACUGCUGGGAGGCGCCCGAGCACCCCGAUCCGCGGGGCGAGCAGCUGCGCCUCCUGGCCGGCCUGGCGGAGCGCCGCACGGCCCACAUGGGGAGGCCACUACAAUGA